UUAAGAAGAUGAGAAGGAAUAAUUUUCAAGGAGACAGUUCAAUCUUGGCCUUUUUAAGCCGAAAAAUCGCAACCAUCCAAACAGACUGUAAGGACACAUGCAUCAAGGUGAGAACAAAAAAAGAAUUUAACAGAGAAGAAGAAGAAGAAGAUAGAUCACCAUGGAAGGAGAUCGAGGAGCGACACCGCGUGGCUGCUAUGAGUUAGAGGUUUCAUUCUCGAGCCCACAACCAAUCCAUGAAAUGGGUUUUUCUCAGUUUGAAGAAACCCAUCAGGGUUUGAGCUUCUUGGUUCCUUCUCAGUCUUCUCAUCUAUCUCUGCCUCUUAACACCAGCAACAACAGCAUGGGACUUAGUAAUAACGACCUUGUUACUAGGUCUCCUUGGAACAAUGACCAGGUGGUUAGGAGCUCGGAUUCGAAGGUUGCUAAUGAAGAGAACUGCACCCUUAACAUUAACGAUGGCAGCGAUUCCUGGUGGAGGAGCUCAUCCACAGACAAGAGCAAGGUAAAGGUGAGGAGAAAGCUUAGAGAACCCAGGUUCUGUUUCCAAACAAGAAGUGAAGUGGAUGUACUAGAUGAUGGUUACAAAUGGAGGAAGUACGGACAAAAAGUGGUCAAGAACAGUCUCCACCCAAGAAGUUAUUAUCGAUGCACACAUAGUAACUGUCGAGUGAAGAAGAGGGUGGAAAGAUUAUCAGAGGAUUGUAGAAUGGUGAUAACAACUUAUGAAGGCAGGCACACUCACUCUCCCUGUGAUGAUUCUAAUUCAUCAGAGCAUGAGUGUUUCAACUCAUUCUAACAACUUAUAAAUGUGAAAGCAGCAUAGUCCUCAAUAUUAAUAUAGUGUACCUAUAAUGUAUGAAUAUUUGUAGUUAUUUUCAUUUCAAAAGCUUUUGGACCUUCUAGAUGAGUAUUGUUCAAAGCUCUACUAUCUGAAAAUUUUAGGAUUUAAAUAUAAUUUAUAUCCAAAUAUCAAUUGCUUGUAUGA